UCUUCUGGAUAUUGCUGAUGAGCAGACACCACUUCAAAAUGCUUUUCUUCUUGCUGACGAUGUACUUUGUCAAGGCGUUCAAGGAAUAUCUGAUAUAAUCACUAUACCUGGGCUGGUAAAUGUGGAUUUUGCAGAUGUAAAGGCAAUCAUGAAAGAUUCUGGAACUGCUAUGCUUGGAGUUGGGGUUUCUUCCAGUAGGAAUCGUGCAGAGGAAGCAGCUGAACAAGCAACUCUGGCCCCUCUCAUUGGAUCGUCAAUUCAAUCUGCAACUGGUGUUGUAUAUAACAUUACUGGAGGAAAAGAUAUUACUUUGCAGGAGGUGAAUAAGGUGUCCCAGGUUGUCACAAGCUUGGCUGAUCCAUCCGCCAACAUCAUAUUCGGUGCUGUUGUGGAUGAGCGCUAUAAUGGAGAGAUCCACGUGACUCUAAUUGCAACUGGUUUCGCACAGUCAUUUCAGAAUUCUCUUCUAACUGACCCUCGAGGAGCAAAGCUAGUUGAUAAGAGCAAAGGAACCACAGAAAGAAUGGUAUCACCUGAUACCUUGAGGUCAUCAGACUCUCCUUCCACGAAACCUCGACCAGCUGUUCGGAGGUUGUUCUUUUAGCUCCUUCUUAGUAUGUUAUCUCUUCAUUCUUUGUUUUUAGUAAUUAUUUUUUUGGGAUUCCUUCACUUCUUUGUACCGCAACGGGUCAGAUUGGUGUUUACAUGUGGCUGUAGAAAUCAUGACGAGUUUUAUUAGAUGCAUACCAUCUCUGGUCUGUUUUCCUAUUAUAACGUGCCUGUAACAUUUUUGUAUCAGCUGAUUAUUUCCUCUCUAGCAAAGCAUGGGGAUUCAUAAUA